AUGGCGACUACAGGCAAUCAAAACCAAGGUGCCUAUCAAUCAGCACUUCCCAUUUUUGAUGGGGAAAAUUAUGAUUUUUGGUAUGCGAAGAUAAAGACCAUUUUUCUCUCAUAUGAUUUAUGGGAUUAUGUUGAAGAUGAGUAUGAUGAACUGGAGGAUACAACAACUUUGAUGAAUACUCAAAGACAACAAUUGAAAGAUCAUAAGAAGAAAGAUGCAAAAGCUUUAGGCUUGAUUCAACAAGGAGUUGCUGAUACAAUCUUUCCUAGAAUUAUCAAUGCUUCUAAAGCAAAGGAGGCAUGGGAUAUUCUCGAGAAGGAGUAUAGAGGCAGCACGAAGGUGGUAAAUCAAAUGAAGACCUAUGGGGAAGAUAUUUCUAAUCAAAGAAUUGUUGAAAAAAUUUUGAUUAGUUUGCCGGAAAAAUAUGACUCUAUUGUUGCUGUUAUUGAAGAGACUAAAAAGCUUGAAAACUUGAGUGUUGAAGAAUUGAUGGGUUCCAUAAAAGCAUUUGAGCAAAGGUUGAGUAGGUGCUCUGAAAAGACAAUUGAAAGUGCUUUUCAAUCCAAGCUCAAUUUUCUUGAUAGUGGGUGUAGUAACCACAUGACCGGAGAUAAAAACAUAUUCUUGGAGAUUGAUUCUUCAUCCAAUUCUCAAGUAAGGAUGGAAAACGGUGCCUUGGUCCAAGCAAAUGGAAAAGGUACUAUUGCCAUAGAGACAAAAAAAGGAAGAAAGCAUAUUCGGGAUGUGUUACUUGUUUCGGAUUUGGAGCAAAAUUUGUUAAGUGUUGGACAGCUUGUAGAGCAUGGGUACUCCAUUCAUUUUGAUGAGGACUUUUGCAAAAUUUAUGACAAGGGAGGACAAAAUCAUAUUGUAGCAAAAAUCAAGAUGAGCAAAAAUAGAAGCUUUCCUCUCACUUUUUCAUGUUAA